AUGAUGUUGACUCCUGUACAAAAUAUUUCAUUCACAACUUUUACACUUACUGGUUUUCAUGAUUUGGGAGAAUGGCGGCCCAUUCUAUCCAUUCCCUAUCUUCUUAUGUUUUUAUUGUCUUCUACUUCAAACCUUACACUCAUAUAUUUAAUUAUAACUCAGAGGGCUCUUCAUUCUCCUAUGUGUAUACUAAUUGGUCUUAUGGCAGUUGUGGACCUGUUUAUGCCAAUGUUUUGUGUGCCAAAUAUGCUGCUAAGUUUUUUGUUUAACUGGAAAGGAAUUUCACUUGUGGGAUGUUUGGUGCAAAUGUUUUGCAUUUAUUUUGUUGGUACAUUUCAAUCUACUAUUCUGCUUUGGAUGGCUCUGGAUCGUUUUUUUGCUAUAUGUAGACCUCUUUAUUACCACAAAUACAUGAGAAUGCCCAAUUUUCUGAAGUUCAUUAUUUUUCCAGUUAUUAGAAAUCUGUUUUUUAUUACCACAAUGGUUUCCUGGGCUGGAAAAUUGACUUUUUGUGAAACAAAUGAAAUAGAUCACUGUUUUUGUGAACACAUGGCAUUGGUUCAGCUGGCAUGUGGAGAUAUUUCCAUUAACAAUGCAUUGGGACUUUUGGCUGUUUUUCUUACAAUAACUACAGAUUUUAUUUUCAUUACAAUAUCAUAUAUAGUAAUACUUUCUUCUAUCUUGAGAUCUGGUAAGGCCUGCUUAAAGGCUGUUAACACCUGCAUUACUCAUAUAAUUGUCAUGACAGUGAGUCUGACUUUUGCUUUAAUUGCCUUUAUGUCAUACAGAAUAAGAAACAAUUUUUCUCCCUCCAGCCGUGUCUUCCUGAGUACAAUGUACUUGCUUUUUCCAAGCUGUUUUAAUCCAAUUAUUUAUGGAGUAAGAACCAAAGAAAUAAGAGAACAGUUUCUGAAAUUCAUGAAUCAUUUAAAAGUCUUUUCAAAAUAA